CAACGCCCUGUACAAUGUCCAUAUAAGUCGAAGAGAAAGUCUGCGUCGUUGCCUGCGGACAAAGUUUGCUCUCAGGAGAGUAGUCUUGUCUUCCAGUCACUUAGCCAGUUGCCUUAACAUGGUCAGUUACCAGAUCAUCGUUGCCGUAGCCGUUCUGGGCAGUGUCUUGGCCGUGCCUCCGCUUGCACCGUACUGGCCCCCAAAACCCGCCCCUUCAGUGUAUUCUUACCGGUGGUCCGUGAACCCGCCAGCAUUUCUUUACAAUGCUCUGACACCAGCUCAAAAAGACGAAAUCUGCAAGGAGUGUAAGCCUCUUGGCAGUGGCCUUGGCGGCUUCUUUGCUGUCCAUACUGACCCAGUCCACUAUAUUCGCUGUGUUCCGCAGGGUGACACUUGGCAAGUGUUUGUAUUACACUGUUGUAAUAACACCAAUCAUGGCGGCGGCAGCACUGUGUGGGACCAAGAAAAUUUGAAUUGUGUUCACAACGAUCUUAUUCCCAAUCCCUAUCCAUGCGAGGGUUUUACUGAUUGGCCUACCCACACCGUACCGCAUGUUCCAUUUUGGCCUCUGGUGUGGACCCCUCAUUUGCCCUCUCUGGUAGAGGACAGAGACUAUCCCACCGGUGCCGUCGCCCGCGUUUAUACGGGGGUGUACACAUUCGCUGGUGGGCACGUGAUGAUGGGCUCUCGAACGAACGCUAUAGGGAACGCGGUACCGACCAUUGAAUUUGACGGACAACAAGUCCCUUACCACGACACCGCGGAGAACUCCCACUCCCACAUCGAGAUCCCAUUCUUCCAGAACGCUGACUGGAGCCAGUACUUGCCCGGGUUCACGAUCACCCUGGGGUUCUGCGUGGACCCAGGUUCUCCAGCAGACGCUGCUCUCAUCACAAAUGCUGACUGUAAUUUCACCGCCUCCGUGGAGCUCACGCUUAGAGGUGGUAACACGCUCGAGGCUAUGAUCCGCACUCAAGGUGGCCCCGAGGAUAAAAUUGCUCUGCCUUUACCAGCACCGCGGCCAAGUGGUUGUUACUUUGCCGGAUUUUCCUACACACGUGCUACCAACCAGAUGCUUUUAUGGUUGGAUGAUGAUACUUCCAUACCAGGAAUAGCCUCUGGACCACCGAGAAAAAUCAACCAAAAUCCGCUAUUCUUCGGAUACAGUUGCUAUGGUUACCCUGAUACAGCCCCACCUCGUGCUCUGGAUGGAGCCCUGGCUGCAAUUCAUAUCUGGGGUGACCGGGCAAUGACCACAGCCGGAAUGAAAAGUGAGUGUGUAGCGGCUGACUUCUGUAUACCAUAGGUGCACCAUGGCAAGACGGCGUUCUGAUGAAGCCUUCAACAGUAGCUUUAGCUACGUUAUUGUUUCAAAUUUGAUCCGAGACAAAUUUCCUGUAAGAUGAUUCAAUUUUAAAUGUCUUAAUAAAUCCUAAAUUUCAACUCAA